CCCCCAAGGGGCCGCCAAACCCCUCUCUCUCUCUCUCUCUCUCUCUCUCUCUGCAAUGGCGGAUUUUUCGUUUCUGUCAGAUAGUAGUGAUGAGUGUGCAGUGGAAGAGCUCCUCAGUCAAGCAAUGGAUCACUCUGUUCUUGAACAGGUUGCCGCCAUUAACUGCUCUGGUUUCACUUCCGACUCUGUUCUUCCGUCUCACCUCGAGACUCGCUUCCGCAGGCUUAAAUCCUUACCAACAACAACCACAAAAAUGUCUCCCACUCUUGCCAAUCACAAGAACAACCCUUCUUCUUCAAGCUUCAAUUCACACUUUCCCUCUGUUAAAGCGAUCAAUCCCCAAUUCGAUAGCUCAGUUGAAGGAAAACCCCAGUUACAUUCACCGUCUGAUGAAGACCCAAAUGACCAACAACAGGUUUUGAAUCCGAAAUUGAGAUCUGGGUCUGGUUCUUCUGUUUCGAAAUCGUCGAAUUCAUCUGCUGGAAAUGGGAAUUUCUCACCUUUGAAGGAAAACCCAGGUGGGAAAAUGGGUUCGAAACCAAAAUCACGAUCUGGGUCAUUUUUAUCCCCUUCUGAUCCUCCAAUUUUUUUUGAUUCUCCAUCACCACCUAAGAAAACAGGUUGUUUCUGGUGUUCUCCCAAAAGGGUUUCCAGGAAAAAUAGCAAGGAAAUUGGACUUGAUGUUGAUUGGGGGAGGAAUAGCGAGGGGUUCCUGUCGGAUUUGAAUAUUUUUUCAGCGAAAGAGCAACAGAAAAUUCUAAAGAAGGCAAUGAAAGAGGAAGAGAAAAUCAAUCGCGAAGCUGAGAAAAUUGUGAAAUGGGCGAAGCAGGGGUCAGCGAGAAUGAAUAUUUCAGACAUUGAAGAUGAGCUAAGUGACAACGAGAACAACAAAUAAAUAUGGUUGUCAUGGCAUAACCUUGUUCAAAUUUUUAUUUUAUUUAAAUGUAAAAUAGUGGGCAAAUUAUAUAUACACCCCUCGAGGUUUGGUUAAAUUACAGAUACC